AUUCAAGCCGGAUAUGACGUCAACAAGUGAGUCCUCUUGAAGACCUCGAAAAUGGCCGUCAAAGCAAAGAGAUUUUAAUCUACUGUCGAAUAAACGUUUCUUGGUGUGGAUUAAACAUUUAAAAAAUACGUGGGGUUUCCCCUCUCACACAUAAUGCCACAUAUCACACAUAGUGAGUUUCUUCUGGAGCAGCUGAAGAGACAACGAGAGAGAAGCUUUCUGUGUGACUGCACGGUGGCAAUUGGACAGACUCAAUACCACGCACAUCAUAAUGUUUUGGCAGCUUUUAGCGAGUAUUUCUCCACCCAGUGCAUUGAUGCAGGCAGAGAAGAUGCCACCAUAACUCUGGACCCUGACUUGGUGAACGUUACAGUGUUUGAAAAACUAUUGACUUAUAUAUACACAGGGGAACUGAACAUGGACAGGGAUGAAACCGAAAGUAUUCAGAAGGCUGCGACCUACCUUGGGAUGCCUGAGGUUGUGGCUCGCUGUUCCAUAAGUCAAGAUGAGUUUAAAAGUGACGCAUCGCCCACAAGACAAGCAGAGUACAUAGACCCACGAUCCCCCCUGAGCCCAGAUGAUUAUGAACCUCUGGAGCCGAUCUCAGAGGUGGAGGAACGUGUGCGGUUAAGGGAUGAGAUGGCUGAUGAUGAAGGCUAUGACAAUGAUCCUGCGUCUACCGAUGAAGCAUUAUCUUCUAGCGAACAGACAACCAUGAGUGGUGGCAAGAGAGGUAGGAAACCCAAAGCCGGGGUUUAUGAGGACGAUGUUGAGAAGGACAGUAUUAGUGCUCAGAGGGGCAGAGGAAGAGGAAGGGGUAGACCUAGAGGUCGUCCAAGGAUACGACCUCUUACUUUUGAUUCGACCGAUCAUUUAUCAGCACAGCAAAGCACUAGUCCAAAAAGUGGAGUAAUAGGAAGAGGAACUGGAAGGCCGAGAGGUCGCCCGCGGAUUAGGCCGUUGCCUGCUGAGAGAACUGAUUCUGCUAACGCUGAAGAUGGUUCUGCAGAAACAAAGGAUUUGGAGGGUGAGAGCCCUGCUCGCAAAAGGGGUCGACCACGAAUUAAGCCUCUGCCUGAGACGAUUGCUGGCGCGGAGGGAGACAAAGGACAGGAAGAACAAGGUGACGAAGAACAAGCAGGCAACCUUGAAACUGUGAUUCUUGAAGAAGUUGAAGGUGAGAUGAACGCUGAGGAGGAAGAGGGCAGUAAUGCUGACCUUAAAAAUAAUCCAGAGAACACAGAGGAAGUUGUUAAAAGAGGGAGAGGAAGACCACGGACUAAGCCACUACCCACAGAGAACCAAACUGCGAACGCUGAGACAGGAACCACCAACAGCGAAGAAGGUUCGGAAGCGCAGAAAAAGGAAGGUACAGGCCGUAAAAGAGGAAGACCUCGGUUGAAGCCCCUUCCUUCGGACCAAGCAGAGCAAAUGGAAGCAGGGAACGAUGGAGAAGUAGAAGAUAUGGAGAGAAGCCAAGAUUCUGAAAUACUCGCUGAUGGCUGUACUGAAGAAGUUUCCUCGCAAGGUACAGAAGAUUCUGCAGAUUCAAGUCCUUCUAAGAAAGUCCGUUCCAGCACGAGAAAGAGGAGCUUAAGCCGAAAGCUCAGGGAAAGCCAAGCUAGUAACGACGAGGAGGAAGAGGAUGAUGACGAAUUCGGCAAUGAUAAUGAGGACUGGGCUGGAGAAGAAGAGGUGAAGCCCUCGCAGGAUAAACUCAAGCCCAUUUGUAACGUCUGCGGAAACCUUUUUUCAGAAAUGAGCAGCCUGCGCAGACACAUGCGUAUACACAAGGGCGUCAAACCAUACGAGUGCAAACUCUGCACUCGGUCUUUCAGACAGGGCAACCAGUUAAAGACUCAUAUGCGCAUACACACAGGUGAGAAGCCCUUCACCUGCACAUCCUGUGAUUCACGUUUUGCGCAAAAGUGUCAGCUGGUCUAUCACUGUCGCAUGCAUCAUGGAGAAGAAAAGCCGCACAAAUGUGAUUUCUGUGGUUCGGCUUUUGCCACAUCUAGCAAUCUGAAAAUACACAUAAGGAAGCACAGCGGUGAAAAGCCAUACGAAUGUGGAGAAUGUGGAAAGCGCUUUACACAGGCCAGCACUUUGAUGUACCACAAGCGGCGUCACACAGGGGAGAAACCGUACAUCUGCGACACAUGCGGCAUGGCCUUCGCUGUGUCCAGCUCACUUAUCACUCACACCAGGAAACACACUGGUGUGACACCUUAUAUCUGCUUGGAUUGCGGAAAACCUUGCUUAACAUCUGGUGAACUUCGAAAACAUAUGGACAUCCAUAAUGGUUCAAGAAAAGUAAAGUGUAACCUGUGUGGAAACACAUUUUCAGACAUCUACAGCUUGAAAAAGCACACUGUUUUAAAACAUAAUGUUAUUCCCGACACAGAACAAACUAUUCCAAAAACCGAGUGUCCCCUCAACAUCCCCAUUGACCACCAGGGCCUGAUUGCGCGUGUACGCUCCGCCCUCGUCGAUUCUGCAGAUCACGAGAUCCACAUGGAAUCACAGUUGCCAAUUUUGCCCCCAGAAGCUUCGCUAAUCAUACAGCAGUCUGCAGAACCUCAAAUGAUCAUACAGCAAUCUGGAGAACCUCAAAUGAUCAUACAGCACGCAGACGGCUCAGAACCACAGAUGAUCUUCCAGCACGCCGAUUCAUCCGAAGCUCCUGUCCUCAUCCAUGGAGAAACGGGCGAGCAAGUGAGCUAUGUCGUGGAACAGUACGAAAUUCCGGCCACUGAUGAGAUGGAACACACGCAGAUUGUCAUUGUUCAGACCAUUGAUUAAAAUUCCGGAUUUUUUCUCCCUUUUAAAUGCUUUCUCCAUAAAGUGAAUACACGGAGUUAUCCUCCUAGAGAUGGCUGUCAUAGGGUAUCAAGGGAACUGAGGGAAGCAAUAGCUUACCUUCCUAAACUUCCCAUUAGAUAACUAUUUAUUUUUAUCCUGAGCAUCUGAUUGAUUGUUAAAUCUAAGCAGAUAUCAGCUAUUGUAACGGCUGUGUUUGUGUUUUUCUAUUCGUUCCUUUUUUAUUUUGUGUCCCAUGCAGAGCAGAACCUGGAUCAUCAAAGGCAUCAAAAAUAUGAAGGGAAAGCCAAACUUAGGUUUAGCUGUAAAAUAAAAAGCUGUGUUUGGAA